CACGUUUUAAUGAUUGGUUCCAAACUUUUUUGGCUUGUGACCCUUAAAGCCAGAAAAUGUUAAAAAUUUUAUAAACUUAACAGUUAGCAACGUAAUCAAAGAGUGAUGUUUCCUUACAGACUGUUUCAUUUAGGUAGUUUUUCAAGUCCUUUUCAAGAUGUUAAACUCUCUAGUGUUUCAAAAGGACAAAGCAAAAUGUAAGAUUUUUUUUAUCGCAUUGCUCAAAUUGUGGCAGCCUCCCACAAUCAACUAUACUCUCAUUGAGCGUCACAAUAAACAUGAAGAAGCUUCUGUUUUGGAAGUGGUCUUUCAAACAAAGCUUUACUUGCAAUGAGUGAAAAACAAUCUGGAGCCGGGAGUGCUAAUGAUGAUGACGUAGCACUGGCCUGUUAGGAUAUGAACCAGCACAUGUUGCUGCCGCCGACAGUUAGACUGAGUGCAGCAGUGUGCUGGUUAACAGAUCCGAUUGAGGAUAAGGGUGGGCAGGUUAAUGGCUGGGUAACUUUAGGCUUUAUGUGAUAACUGUAUAUAUUGUUAGAAAUCUUUACACUUCCUUUUUAAAAAAUAUUGUUUUUCAAAGUGAUUAGUUAUAAGGAAGUAAUUGAUUUGUUAUAGAAUGAGAACAUACAUUUUAAAUAUUUGCUGACAUUAGUUGUUUUGUCUUAUAAACCAAGAAUGAUGUCAAAUUCAACUUUAUCAUCUUUAUCUUAUUUUAUUCUUGGAGCUUAUUUGAACAUUGGAAACUUAAGAUACUUUUAUUUUAUGAUAACUGCUUUUAUUUACAUUGUUAUUGUUGUUGUCAACACAUCUCUCAUUGUGAUUAUCUGUAUGAACAGAAGCUUACAUGAACCUAUGUACAUAUUUCUGUGCAGCCUGUUUGUAAAUGAACUGUAUGGUAGUACAGGGUUGUUUCCAAUGCUUCUGAUUCAGAUUCUCUCUGACAUUCACACUGUUUCUGCUCCCUUUUGUUACCUGCAGAUUUUCUGCUUGUACACAUAUGCACAUGUAGAGUUUUGUAAUUUAGCCGUCAUGUCUUUUGACAGAUAUCUUGCUAUCUGUUGUCCUCUACAAUAUAACACACGUAUGACAAUCUACAAGGCAGUUGUCUUCAUUGCUGUAAUAUGGUUGUACUCUUUUAUCAAAUUCUUUAUUACUUUAUCUUUAAACAUCCGUUUGCCGCUUUGUGGAAAUGCCAUAAACAGUUUGUAUUGUCAUAACUACCUUGUUGUUAAGUUGGCAUGUUCAGACACCAAAGUGAACAACAUUUAUGGACUUUUUGGGACAGUUGUCACCAUUGUAGUCCCUCUGCUACCAAUUGUUUUCUCUUACAUGAAAAUUCUUAAAAUCUGUUUUUCUGGUUCCAGACAGACCAGACAGAAAGCUGUCAGUACCUGCACACCUCACCUUGUUUCUCUGUUGAAUUUUUCUUUUGGGUGUUCCUUUGAAAUACUUCGCACUAGAUUUGAUAUGAGCAGUGUUCCCAGACUCCUACAAAUCUUUCUGUCUCUGUAUUUUCUCAUUGUUCAGCCACUUUUGAAUCCUAUCAUGUAUGGACUGCAAAUGACCAAAAUACGAAAAACAUAUGAACAUCUAUUCUGUUAUAAGAUGUUGACUGGUCAGAGAGAUACUGUGUGAGUGCAAUAAGAAAGUGUCAGUAAAUGAUUGAGAAUAUUUUACCUUGAAAUGUGAAAAAUGGAAUCUCUCACUGUUACUGUGAUGAAUUUAAAUAAUGUUCAAAUAAUAGAUUUAAAGUGUGAAAUGUAAAAUGAAAAAAUACUGAAAAGUGAACAUAAGGUAUUUAAAGUGGUGGUUAUAGUAUGUUAUAUAUCAACAUGCAUCCCGACCCAUUGAUUAUCAACUCUUUUAAUGUGGCCGGAGAUAUCUGAAUACAUGGACAGAUGGGGUGUCAAAUCCAUGCUGUCUCUCAUCUGUAAUUAUCAGGAAUUUUUACCUGGCUUGGGGCCUUCUUUAUUCGAAAUCAUGGCGGGAUAAAGGGAUUCAUGUGGUAGAAGUUAUGUUUGAGGGUAACAUCUUGAUGUCCUUUCAGCAGGUUCCAGACAAAUUUAGUCUCCCUAAAGAUCACUUUUUUGGAUAUUUGCGAUCAGAUGGCAUUCAGAUUAGCAGAUAUUGGAAUCACAUAGCUUGAGAACUGAGUGGCAUCUUUAAGACUACAAUAAGGAAGGACCCAGGGCUAAUCAUAUUAGGUUUGCCCUCUAAAGAAUUAUCCGUCUCCCAUAAUCACUAAACGUUUCUCCUCACUGGCAAAUGCUUCCUGUUAAAAUGGGUAGAGAUACUCCACCCACAGUAACAUUCCGGUACAGGGAGAUUUUUAAUGUGUUACCUCAUGAAAGGAUAAGUGCGGUCCUUUGGGCCGAUGACAGCUCAUUUUUUCAAGAUCUGGAACCCUGUCCUGGAUUAUUUGACAUCAGAGCUUAAAAACUCUCUGCUGAAAGGCCAAUACCCCUCAAAAUGAAAACAAAUUAUGCCUACAUAACAAAUUUGUAACACAGUGAGUCUUGAGUUCUGAAAAAGAUAGAAAUAUGUUGGGGGAAAAAACAUGCAUCUCAAUAGUCAUGAGCCCUGAGAUAAGGUGUCUAUAAAAUUAAAGGCCUGCUUUUGUUGCCUGGUUGAGUGUUUUUGAGGCUGCAGACCUGCAUGAACUCACUGAUAUUUUAUGUCUGCUUUUUCUGAGGACAUGUACACCGAAUUAAACUCUCUGCUAGUACAAUAAACCUUGGUUUAAAGCAACACUCAGGCUAAAGAGGAUGCCUACAGGUGUGGGGACAUAAUCCUGUGCAACCAGGUAGAAACACACUGACGAGGGAGGUCAGAGCAGCAGAAAAGUAAAACAGGUUUUGACCUAACGAUCCAGUGUCAGUGUGGAGAGGCCUUCAAAACAACACCAACCACCAGAGACCAACCCCCCCACUGUGCAGAACCCCCAACUGGCUGGCAACAAGCCCACACUCAAACCCUUCACCUACUCUGAUUCCCAUCCUCCCCCUCACCCUUCCCCACAGACUCCCGACCUGAACUUAGGACCUGUGAAGAGAAUGUAUAUCAGCUCUUUCAGAGACAAAUCAACAGAUCCUUUUUAGCUGUGUGAAGUCCCCUCCUGUUUUAAAUACUCCACAAUCAUCCCGAUCCCCAAGAAACCCUCUAUCUCAGGACUAAAUGACUACAGGCCCGUUACUCUGACGUCUAUAGCCAUGAAGUCCCAGUGUGCCUACUGGUCAGUGGAUGAUGCAGUCAACACAGGACUGCACUACAUCCUGCAGCACCUCGACUCUCAGGGGGACAUGUACAAGGAUCCUAUUUGUGGAUCACAAUCUUCCUGACUAACAAGAGGGAGCAGCUGAGGCUGGGAACAAUCACAUCCAGCACCAGGACAAUCUGCACUGGCACCCACCAGGGGCACAUGCUCUCCUUGCUGCUCUUCUUCCUCCACACAAAUGACUGCACCUCAACAGACCCAUCUGUCAAACUCCUGAAGUUUGCAGAUGACACAACGGCCAUUGGCCUCAUCCGGGACAGUGAUAGGGGGUUGAACAGCUGGUCCUCUGAUGUGGUCAGAACUACCUGGAGCUUCACACGCUCAGAACUGUUGAGUUUAGGAGGAGCCCCCCCAUCACCAUACCUAAAAACACUGUGUCUGCUGUGGAACACUUCAGGUUUCAAGGAGUCCAACACAGACACCAUCAUCAAGAAGGCACAGCAGAGCAUGUACUUUCUAUUCCAGCUCAGGAAGCUCAACCUGCCUAAGGAGCUACUGAUCCGGUUCUACAUCGCCAUUAUUCAGUCUGUAGAUCCCUUACUGUCUGGUUUGGAUCAGGAACAGAGUCAGGACUGCAACCUGCCCUCCUUUCAGGACUUUUACAUGUGCAGAGUCAGGACCCUGGACCUGCUCCAACCUCUCCUCUGGGAGCCGCUCUAGAGCGCUGUAUGCCAAGACAACCAGACACAAGAACAGUUUUAACAGAAGGCCAUCACUCUGAACAACAGUUAGUAUCAAUAAAAUUCUAAGACCAAAA